CUGCCCCCCUGGGUCAGAGCGCGUCGGGAGCGGAGCGGAGCGGGUUCCUGCUUCAACAGUGCUUGGACGGAACCGGCCGCGCUCGGGCUCUCGCCACCCCCCUCCCCCCAUUCUCCUCACCACCACCACCACCUUUCACCAGCCCCACCCGUCGGCUCGACCCUCCGUCAGGCACCGCCAUGGCUGCGCCCCCCUCCCAGGUGCGCCAGAACUACCACCAGGACUGCGAAGCCGCCAUCAACAGGCAGAUCAACCUGGAGCUCUACGCUUCCUACGUGUACCUCAGCAUGUCCUACUACUUUGACCGGGAUGACGUGGCCCUGAAAAACUUUGCCAAGUACUUCCUGCAUCAGUCCCACGAGGAACGUGAGCACGCUGAGAAGCUGAUGAAGCUGCAGAACCAGAGGGGUGGGCGCAUCUUCCUGCAGGACAUCAAGAAGCCAGAUCGUGAUGACUGGGAGAAUGGCCUGACUGCAAUGGAGUGUGCCCUGCACCUGGAGAAGAAUGUGAACCAAUCACUGCUGGAGCUGCACAAACUGGCAACUGAGAAGAAUGACCCACAUUUGUGUGACUUCAUUGAGACUCAUUACCUGGAUGAGCAGGUGAAAUCCAUCAAAGAGCUGGGUGACCAUGUGACCAACCUGCGGAAGAUGGGGGCACCAAAAUAUGGCAUGGCAGAGUACCUCUUUGACAAGCACACCCUUGGGGACAGUGACAAUAAGAGCUGAAGAGCCACCCUGUGGGUUUCAGUGGGACUCCUACUUUGCUGUCCAGCCAUGCAUGCAUCUUCAGCUCUCUAGAUAAAACAGUUCUUAUAUUCUGUACCAAAUAUCACCCCUAUUUUCUCUUGUGUUUUGUGUACUGCCCUCCAUCCAAUAAAGUGACUUGGUUCCA